GCUCAGCUGUUGCAGUCAGAGUCCAAGAGGUUCCUUCUGGAGUCGACAAUGCGCGUUUUGAUCUACCUGUUGCCAGUGCUGCUGGCUUUAAGCCAGGCACACGCUGAUCCCAAAUUGAGUCUGCGCGACAUAUUCACGUCGGAUGAGCGUAUACGCUCCCAUGGCUAUCCGGCUGAGGUUCAUGAGGUGGUCACCAAGGAUGGCUACGUGCUGAAACUCUUUCGCAUUCCCUACUCCCACAAGCUGAACAACGAGAAUGAGAAGCGUCCACCUGUGCUGCUGCAGCAUGGCCUAUUCAGCAACUCGGACUGCUUUCUUUGCUCGGGACCGGACAACUCAUUGGCCUAUUUGCUGGCCGAUGCCGGCUACGAUGUCUGGCUGGGCAACGCUCGUGGCAACAUCUACUCGCGUGCCAAUAAGCUGAUCUCGCUGAAGCACCCCAAGUUCUGGCACUUCGACUGGCAUGAGAUUGGCACAAUCGAUAUUGCUGCCAUGAUUGACUACAUUCUGGAUGAGACGCAGUACGAGCAGCUGCACUAUGCGGGUCACUCGCAGGGCACAACGGUUUAUUUGGUCCUUCUGUCCGAGCGCCCGGAGUACAAUGCCAAGAUAAAGUCGGGCCAUCUGUUGGCCCCGUGCGCAUUCUUUGAUCACGGCAGGUCAGCGGUGUUUAGAUGGUUCGGCCCACUGGUGGGCACACCUGGUACUGUUUGGAAUCAGUUGCUGGUGGACACUGAGCUGAUACCGUAUAACAAUCUGGUCAAUCGCCUGGCAGACAACAGCUGCGGCAGCGGCAGUCCCUACGAGUCCAUCUGCAAGAAUGGAUUCCUGAUGUUCGCCAACGGCGGCUAUGAGAAUAUCAAUCUGACUUCCGCGCAGCUCUUGAUUGAAACGCAUCCAGCGGGCUCUUCGAGCAAUCAGGGCAUUCACUAUCUGCAGCUGGCAUCUUCGCAUGAGUUCCGCCAGUACGACUGGGGCACCAAGAAGAAUCGCGAGAUCUAUGGUCAGGAUCUGCCGCCAGAUUAUGAUCUAAGCAAAGUUACGGCCAAGACGCAUUCCUAUUCCAGUCAAAACGAUGCGCUGUGUGGUCCACAGGACGUCGACACCUUGGUCGCCGAGCUGAUCCAUCUGACUGAGGAUCAUCGUGUGCCGCUCGAGAGCUUCAAUCACCUGGACUUCAUUGUGGCCAGAAAUAUGAAGGAAUUGGUCAAUGAUUUGGUUGUUGACCGCAUCAAUGGCUACGAAGGCCGCUAAUGGAUCUAUUGAACUGUAAUUGAUCUAUAUAUUACUGUUAGGCGUGACAUAAAGAACCAAAAAUACCCCAAGCUAAUUUAUAGCUUAAACUUAUUGGGGUUCUUCUUAGAUAAGAUUAGAAUGAUAACAAAUUCAAUCAAUUCGUCGCAUGACUGCUACUUAAGCUCCUACAAUCUAAGCCUAUAUAUUAUAAGU